AUGAAAGAAAUAUUUUGCCCUAUCGUCAUUGGAGUACAUACAACUUGUUCGGUGAUGCAUCUUGUUGGUAGUAUUGUUAACUGUACUUGUUUGGAUUCCAGUACCGCUACAGCUUACUUAUUUGACGAUGAUAUGUAUAACAAAGUUACAUUCAUUCACAAUAUGGAAACUUCUAUUCAGGGUUGUAUAAAAAUGGAAGCAACAAGUUAUGCGACGCAUGAAGAUGAAUUAUUUAUUCAAAAAAGCAUGUUUUUUGGUACAGUAAGUGAAAGCAAUGAAGAAAGGUUGAAGCAAAAUGUGACGGAUGUGACUGAAACUCAAAUGAACGAGAAAAAUGAGUUAAAUGAAGAUUGGAGCAUUCGUAUGAUUGCUAAUAAACUCCGACAUUUCGCAGAUAAUUUUGAAAUGGAAUUUGAAAACUCAUCUGCAACUGUUCUGUCUCCUGAAUCAAAUGGCGUACGCUGCUUUAGAACGGAUAGCUCAGAUGAUCACACAAAGUUAAAUUGUACAGAUUCAUCGAUGGCCUUUACAACGGUGUAUAAUCAUAUUCGUGUUGAACGCAUUUAUCGGCAUCGUUAUUUCUAA